ACUUCUGAUUGGAUGAAAAAGUGGUGCAAGUUUUAAAUAAGCUAAUUGUGUAGCAUAGAUGAAGCAAAACCAAUCACUUUUCGACACUCAAAUGAAAACCACUCUAGCAUGUAAAUUGUUUUGAUUUUGUUUUUGUACAGAACUCAAUAAAAAGGAAAUUGAUGUCAUCAUAGUACCAAAGGGUGAUUACUGUGUGAUCCAUGAGCCUAAAUUGAAAGUGGACCUCACAAAGUAUCUGGAGAAUCACAAAUUUUGGUUUGAUUAUGCCUUUGAUGAGAAUGCAAAUAAUGAAUUGGUAUACAGAUAUACAGCAAAGCCACUUGUUGACACAAUUUUUAACCAGGGAAUGGCAACAUGCUUUGCAUACGGCCAGACAGGCAGUGGAAAAACUCAUACCAUGGGUGGUACAUUCAGUGGGAAGCAACAGGAUUGCACUAAAGGAAUUUAUGCACUGGCAGCAACGGAUGUGUUUAAAUUGAACAAAUCCACCAAACACAAAAACAAGGAUCUUCUCAUAUCUGCUAGUUAUUUCGAGAUUUACGGCAGCAAGGUAUUUGACUUGCUCAACAAACGAAAAAGGUUAAGAGUUUUGGAGGAUGGCAAUCAACAAGUUCAGGUAUGRGAGCUGGAAGAAAAGAUCGUGAACUCAGUGCAAGACACUCUAAAGCUUAUAGAGCUUGGUAAUAAACUCAGGACAUCUGGACAAACCUCUGCAAAUCAAAACUCUUCCAGGUCACACGCUGUUUUCCAGAUCAUCUUGAGAAAGAGAGGCUACAGGAAAGACGGCGGUGGAGGCCAACUGUAUGGCAAAUUCUCGCUGAUAGAUUUAGCAGGGAACGAAAGAGGAGCUGACACAUCGACCGCUGACAGACAGACACGUCUUGAAGGCGCAGAAAUCAACAAGAGUCUACUUGCUUUGAAGGAAUGCAUCAGAGCUCUUGGACGCAAAGGAGCUCAUCUUCCCUUUAGAGCAAGCAAACUGACACAGGUUCUGAGAGAUUCAUUCAUCGGCGAGAAAUCCAAGACUUGUAUGAUCGCCAUGAUUUCACCUGGUAUGAGUUGCUGUGAACACACAUUAAACACUUUACGAUAUGCCGACAGGUUAGUUCGGGUGAUUGGUCCCCCGGCUAGACUCCCAUAUAAAAAGGACGGGGGGUGCUCGUCGCACCUUUCAGGGUUGAAAAAGCGGUUCAAAAGGUUCACAACGGGAGCUUUUGCGGUAGCUUUUAGAGUACUGAACCGAAACAAUAUGACAGGAGAUUAAAAUGUUGUUAUAGAAUUGGUACCUCUUACGAGUGAAAAGAUUUUCAAGCCAAGGGGUUCUUUUCGAAAUUUGCGUCGAGCA